CCGCGACCUUCCCGUAGCCGGUCGAGAAAUUUGACUUUCCUCUCGCUGGGAAGUGAUUCGGUCCCAGGGCCGGACCAGCCGCGGAUGGGGACCAGAAACCAGCCUGGAAAGCGUGGCUGAGGCAGACACCAAGAGCCUGGAACUGUGCGGCACCAUGCGGUAACAGCAGCUGUUGGGCAGCGUAGAGUCUAGUCUAGGAUCAAGCUUCGCCUACUGACUAGAGUCCGUAUCCCGGGGGAACGCGAUGGCCAGAGGGAAGAGGUGAGCCAAAUGCUCACGAGGCCCAGCCCUGAAUGAACCCAGGGGGUCAGAAGGGAUGACUGCAGAACUCGUCCCCCACCCCCACCCUCCGCCCUUGCUCCUAGUAGCCGCAGCAAGAGGCUUCGGGCUCAGGAUCAGGAGCUUACCCCUACUCCCGGGACCCUCUGGCGUCCCCACCAUGUGACCGAAUCUCCCUGCAACAAACAAUGACUUCAAACGAGCUGGGCGCCGGCGCCUGACCUCUGACUCUCGCUCCACGCCCCUUCCCUGGCCACAAACCCGCCGAGGCCCCCCUCUCUACCCGGCGCGCAUACCACAGGCGCGACACCUGCCAAGCCUUGGGACACCGAAACCGUACCUGGGAACCGCAAACACACCACAUACUGCAGACCCGGAAGAACUUGUCCCAGUGUUGACCACACCCCCUGGCUAGGGGCAGGGCUUCCGGCCUCGAACUUUAACUUCCGCUUCCGGUUCCCAGCGUUAACUGCGACCGGGGUUCAGCGCUCGGGUGAGGAGCUGGUGGCGUCGGCAGCUUCGAGGCGAUUCGAGGUGAGGGGGUCAAGCGGAGAGGCUCGGAGUCGGAGAAAGCUGUCGCGACCCAGCCAACCAGGGUCUGGGGUCGGUGGGAGCUCCAGCUAGGAUGAUCGAGGUUGUUUGCAACGACCGUCUGGGGAAGAAGGUCCGCGUUAAAUGCAACACGGAUGAUACCAUCGGGGACCUUAAGAAACUGAUUGCAGCCCAAACUGGUACCCGUUGGAACAAGAUUGUCCUGAAGAAGUGGUACACGAUUUUUAAGGACCACGUGUCUCUGGGGGACUAUGAAAUCCACGAUGGGAUGAACCUGGAGCUUUAUUAUCAAUAGAUGAGAAUCCUCAUCUUCCUGCCCCGCUUUCCUCUCCCAUCCUCAUCCCCCACAUUGGGAUAGAUGCUUGUUUGUAAAAAAUCACCUUAAUAAAGACUUAGAUGUUG